GAGAUAAAUGGUUGAUUGUGAAUGGUCUAACUUACCGGAGGAGCUCCUCCGCUUGAUCGCCAUCCGGUUAUUCUCCGUCGUCGAACUCAAACGUUUCCGAAGCAUCUGCACAUCUUGGCGCUCAUCCAUUUCCGGCGCCGACAAAAAUAAUCCUUUCCCUAGCCGCGGUUACAUCCACUUCGAUCCUUGCUUGAACACUGAAGGUAGUAGCAAUCAAUUCUACAACAGUUUCUGCCUCGUGAUCCUCUCACGCGCCGCGUUCUUCCGCGUCACUCCCUCCUCCUCCUCAAACAAGGGAUGGCUGAUAAAAUCCGACACAAUAAUUAACUCCGGGAAAUUCCGUUUCCUCGACCCUUUCUCACACCUCUCUUUGCCACAUUCUUGCGAGAGCCUCGAUCUAUUGGAGUUCACUGUCUCGGAAAUUCAAGAACCUUAUGCGGUUCUUGAAAAAUCCAGGGGAAGGACAGCUCGCGAAUUCAAGAAAGUUGUUCUUGUCAAAGUCAAGGAAAGAGAGCAUAAGAUUCUUGGAAUCAGCUGCGACAAGAAUAUCAAGUUCUGGACUGGAAAAGAUUGGAGUAGACUCAAAGAGGCUGAUCAUCAAUUCUCUGAUAUUAGAAUCCACCACGGAAGAACUUACGCCUUGGAUUUAAAAGGCGUUGUUUGUUUGAUUAAUUCCGCUCUUAAAAUUGUCGAAUUCGGACCUUUAUUCGAUGAAACCAUCACAAAUGGCUGUUUAGAGAAGAGCUUAGUGGAAUGUUGUGGAGAGCUUUACAUUAUUGAGCGCCUCUUUGAAGAGAAUUCCCGAAAGCGAAAAGCUGAUUCCUCGAAUGAUAAUGGAAAGAGGAAUACGGUCGGUUUCAAGGUUUACAAGAUGGAUGAAGAAUUAGCGAAAUGGAAAGAUGUUAAGUCAUUGGGAGACAAUGCGUUUGUGAUGGCUACCGAUACUUGUUUCCCGGUUUUGGCUCAUGAGUUUUACGGAUGCCUUCAAAACUCUAUUUACUUCACCGACAAUGAGGAAAAAGUGGAAAAAGUGAUUAAGGUUUUCAAGCUAGACAAUGGUAAUGGUAGUAUUGAGACAAUGUCAGAACCUUGCCAGAGUUGUUUCCAAAUGUUUGUUCCUCGGUUUCUCUGAAUCUUGUUUAGGUCAAAGCUACUUUAUAUUUUUUUCUAUUAAGAGUACCAAUCAGUCAUUCUUUAAUA